GUUAGCAACUGUAGCUGUGGACAAGACAAUAUAGUAUUGAAAUAUAUAUAUAUAUAUGUAUAUAUAGAUAUUCAUAUUAAUUACAUUCAUUAAAUUUAUUCUGAUGCAUUCUCUUAUUUCAUAUUGUAUCAAAUGUCACUUUCGUUAGACAUUUUACAUCAAAUAAAAAUAAUAGGAAUCAACAAAUUGUUGUAAACAUCUGGUUUGCUGAUACAUUAAUUUAUUUGCUGGUUAAUUAAAAUGGCUUUGUCAAGAGUUAGAUGUUCGAAAGAAUUUCCAUCUGUUUUAAAUAAGUUUAAUCAUACAGUUGAUGCACAUUCAAAAAAAUUAAUUGAAUUAAAAUACCCAAAUAUUCCGAAGACUGUUAAUCUCCAUCUAUCACGUGUACGUAAUUAUCCAGAAGCACCAAAAAUACCUUUGCCACUGAAUGUGUCUGAAAUAUUCGGCAACGAAACUGGUCGAUUUACUCCAGAACGUGCUAGAGACAUAACAGCACCAGUUUUAUCGCUGAUGAGUGGACCCAAUGGAGCGUCCAAUCGUUUGAAUUCAUCAAGAACUUGGGGAGCAUUUAGAUGUGUUGACUCUCAUGUUGCUUCUUACGAUUGUUUUGGGGCUGUGAGUCUGAACAGCAGCAUGCAGACAAUGGUUCCAAAGCCUUUCUGCUCAGUAGGAAAGUCAACUUACCUAAACAUGCCCGGUGGUCAGUGGGCCAGAGAUGGAAAAUAUAUCGCCCAAGAUAUGCAAAAGUCCCAUUACGCUGUUCUGAAAAAUAAAAAGUCAAGUUUUUCUAAACGUCUACUAUCGCAAUCAAUUCCCAGUCAAUUUUUACGCUUAGGUACUUUAUCAUCGACGGUUUAUCAAGUACAAGUCGCUCAGUAUUCAACGGAUACUAAUAAACAAAUGGAUUCAAAAGAUUCAUCAACUCCUUCUUCUUUGCCGCCUUCGUCAUCAAACGACAAAGAUGAAAAAUUAACAAACGGUCAGAAACUUAAAAAAGCUGUUAAGGAUUACGGAAGUACUGUAAUUGUAUUCCAUAUAACAAUUUCAUUGAUGUCACUUGGUAUUUUUUACGUUAUUGUUUAUAGUGGACUAGACAUUCAAGCAUUCGUUAAAAUGCUCCCCAGUAAUUCAAGUGAACGACUGGAGAAUGUUAUGGCAAACUCAUCAACAUUUCUAAUAGCGUACGCAAUACACAAGUUAUUUGCUCCGGUAAGAAUAUCAAUAACUCUAGGAGCAACGCCAUUCAUCGUAAACUAUCUACGAAAAAUUGGUAUUCUUUCUAAAAAGGUCAAUAAAACGUGACCUUAAUAAUAUAAAUAUAGAUUAUACAUCUUUUUGUAUGGAAAAUAAUAAAUAGGUGAAGGGGUUUGUUUUUUAAUUUAAUAAAAUAAUGCCAAGCAGU